AUGUGGUAUAAUUGUCAACUAAAAGCUAAAUGCCAAAACAUAACUAUCAUACAGUGUUAUGCACCAACUAAUGAUGCCGAAGAUGAUGUAAAGGGUUGUUUUUAUGAACAACUACAACAUGUUUGGGACAACAUCCCCAAAAGAGACAUCAAAAUAGUCAUGGGUGAUAUGAAUGCUAAGAUUGGAAAGGAGAACAAGGACAGAGAGAAAACACUAGGAAAACAUGGUCUAGGAGAAAUAAAUGAGAAUGGAGAAAAGCUAGUUGAAUUCUGUGAGAUGAUUGAGCUUGUGAUAGGAGGCAGUUUAUUUCCACAUAAGAACAUACACAAGGAGACAUGGGAAUCACCUGAUGGGAAAACAAAAAAUCAGAUUGACCACAUCAUGAUAAGUCAGAGAUGGAGAAGCUCACUACAAGACGUAAGAGUUAUGAGAGGAGCAGAUAUCAGCUCAGACCACCAUCUUAUCAUAUGA